AUAAUGUGGGACGUCGUAAUGGAACAAAGCCGGCGUGUCUCGUGGAAGGAUAUAAGGAAUUGGCUAUUUUUCCUGACCGUCGUCUUGAUUCGGAAAGGAUGUUUUGCGCAGGUACGAUACUCGGUUUCAGAAGAACAGAAAGAAGGGACUAUCGUGGGAAAUAUUGCCAAAGAUCUGGGCAUUGAUCACCGAACAUUGAAUGAGCGUGGAUUUCGCAUUGUGUCUAGUUCAAGCGAUACACUAUUCCGGGUAAAUCGUAACGAUGGCAUACUGUAUGUGAAUGGACAAAUAGACAGAGAAGCGAUUUGUGAGCAAAGUAGUGCAUGCGUGAUCAAUCUAAAAUUCGUUUUGGAGAGUCCGCUGGAGAUCCACUAUGUAACGGUGGACGUGGUUGAUGUUAAUGACCAUGCUCCCCGCUUUCCUCAAAACGAAACGCGACUGGAGAUUUCAGAGUCGGCGUUGGCAGGUGCCCGAUAUCAGCUUCAGGCUGCGCACGACCCCGACGGUAGUGUGAACUCAGUACAGACAUACAAACUCAGUAGCAACGAUCAUUUCCGACUAGAGGUAAGAGACCAUGGCGAGGAUGGUAAAAUUCCCAUUUUAGUUCUACAAAAAACAUUAGACAGAGAAACAACAAAAACGCAGCAGUUGUUACUCACUGCAUUAGACGGCGGGAGACCGCCUAGGUCUGGAACAAUGAAUCUGUAUGUGGAUGUGUUGGACGUUAAUGACAACAUGCCCGUUUUCACAAAAGACGUGUACUCUGUCAGAUUAAAUGAAAACGCCCCAAUAGGAACAGCAAUUAUACAAGUAAAUGCCACUGAUUUAGAUGAGGGCGCAAAUGGCGAGGUAAUCUACUCCAUUGGGAAGAAUGUAAACAAUAAAUUACGUAAACUAUUUGAUAUAGACCCAAUUACAGGUGAGAUAUUUGUUAAAGGGGCAGUAGAUUUUGAGGUGAAGGAUAGCUAUGAAAUUGAUAUACAGGCAUCUGAUAAAGGAGUCGCUCCUCUAACUACAGAUAAAAGCGUAAUAAUUAAAAUUGUUGAUGUAAAUGAUAACGCGCCAGAAAUGGAAAUAACAUCAUUCUCAAAAGCAAUCCCUGAAGAUUCUAGACUAGGGACAACUGUUGCUUUGAUCAGUGUGAAUGACAUGGACUCUGGGCCUAAUGGUAAAGUGUCUUGUUCUUUAUCUGGCGAUAUACCUUUCAAAUUAAUGCAGUCUUUACAGGAUAAUACUUACUCUUUAACUACGAAUGCGCCACUAGAUAGAGAGGUUACAGACACAUAUGAAAUUACAAUUGUUGCAAAAGACGCGGGACAGCCUCAGCUGUCAUCUGAAAAGACUCUAACUGUAUCAAUAUCAGAUAUCAACGAUAAUGUUCCACGAUUCGUCAACACUCCAUACAUGUUUUAUGUGACAGAGAAUAAUGUGCCAGGCGACUCCGUGUUUUCAGUGUCUGCGUCUGAUCGGGACAUUAAUCAAAAUGGCAUAGUUACGUAUCACAUUUGCCGAGAUUGUGGUAGUGAGGACAAUAAAUACACAUCUUUUCUCAACAUAAACUCCGAAAACGGAAAUGUUUACGCUCUCAAAAGCUUCGACUUUGAAACCAUGAAAAUGUUUAAAUUUCAAGUUGUGGCAGCUGACUCUGGGACUCCAUCGCUUAGCAAUAACGUUACAGUGACAGUCUUUAUAUUAGAUCAGAAUGACAACACUCCCGUUAUUCUGUAUCCAGUCAGCACCAACGGUUCUGCUGAGGGCGUAGAAGAGAUUCCGCGCAAUGUCAACGCCGGGCAUUUGGUAACUAAAGUGAGGGCCUAUGACGCCGAUGUAGGAUACAACGGCUGGCUAUUAUUUUCACUUCAAGAAAUUACCGACCACACUCUAUUUAGUUUGGACCGCUAUACAGGACAGAUAAGGACUCUACGACCUUUCACGGAAACUGACGAAGCGGAACAUAAAUUGGUCAUACUAGUCAAAGACAAUGGUAACGUUUCACGCUCGGCAACAGCAGUCGUUAAGAUCAACGUGGUGGAACCAAAAGAGGCAUUUGCCUCUUCUGAUGUAAAAAGCACGGCCGCUAUUGAUGGAGAGUCAAAUGUGACAUUUUAUUUAAUUGUUACUUUGGGAUCCGUGUCAGUGCUGUUUCUCAUCAGCAUAGCCGUGCUGGUGGCCAUGCAGUGCUCUAAACAAAGUGACUUUUCCACCAAAUACAUGCAAGACACAAAUUACGACGGAACAUUGUGCCACAGCAUCCAGUACAGAUCAGGAGACAAGCGCUACAUGCUAGUUGGGCCCAGAAUGAGUAUUGGUUCUACUAUAGUCCCAGGCAGCAAUGGGAAUACACUAGUCAUUCCAGAUCGAAGGAGACGAGCCUCUAUGGAGGUAAGAAGGUAA